UCUUAGUACCUCAAAACGGCGGCCAAACAUGUCAGAUAGAACUUUGUAAUUUUAAGGUAGCGUAGUGACGUCUCGAAACAGGCCCCUGGAGCCCCAAGCUGUACCAUGGCAUGAGGUAGUUCGAUAAAGUAUAAUAAUAGAGGGACAAAGAGACAAAAAAGUAUAACACUCAAAACACAUCUCUUCCCGAACACAGUAAAAACCAACAAACCCAGCCCUUAUCAGAAGACGAAUCUGUCUGUUUACUUUAUGGGGUUCUGAGAGCGCUUUUCUUGCCAGUUUUGGUUAGAUUUUUGUUGUUCUUGCACGUUGCUAUUGGUUGCGAAGCGUUCGUAAUUAUGGCCGUACUCUUAGCGUAAAGCUUUCUUUGCCUGAACUAUAUCAUUAUCAGACGUGUAUUACUCCCACAGCAUCGAUCCCCCGCUCAUUAUUUGGGUAUUGGUCUGUGCGGACCGGGGCUUUGGCAUCGUCAGCUAACGUUUCUGUGUGUACUGUUGCAGAAAAUUGGUAACCUCAAAUUCUUCAACGCCUGGAGGGCAGAAAGAAGGAAGGACAAAUGACGCCUGUCAUGUUCUCACAGUUUCGACACCUGUAUGAAGCCUACAAGGACGAGACUCUAGAUCCAGGGGAGGCAGUCAUCGUGCUGUUCCUAUUUGUGUGCGGGAUCAACGCGGCAGUGCUGCCCAUCCUCAUGGCGCUUCUGGUCUGCUGUUACUGCUGCUUUACUAUGAAACGAG